AUGACCAGACGACUGAGGAGCUCGACCCGUUCCCAGACGGAGGACUCCAUCUUCCUAAAGCCAGACGAGGAUCCCAUAUGGCUGGAUGACCCCCCAACGACAGACAUCGACCCCUCUCAACCAGGAGAUGGCCCCCCGGGCCCUGAUGGCCCCCCAGGACAAGGGACAGGCCCCCCAGGGCCCCAGAGACAUCCAGAGGAACUGUGGAGGGACAAGUUUUACACCAUUGCCAUGGGGAUGCACUGGUGUGCCGUGCUCUGCACAAUCUCCCAAAUCACGGUGGGUCAGCUGAGAUGCUGCCAGGUUCCGACAGGCACUAAGGCAAAGGAUGUUGUAGAAAGAUUGUUCAUAAAUGCAAGUAGAUGUGCAACCACAGUUCGAAAAGGCCUAGCUGUGAAAGUACCUGUUCUUGUCAGAAACAAAAAAUAAUUUUCAACUUCAUUGCCUUUAUCUACUGGUCUUAUGUAUUGUUCACUACAUUUAGGAGCAGGUCAACUGAAGCUUUUCCUCUGAUGGAAUAUUCCCUGUCUUGUCUGAAAAGUGAAUGAACAAGAAAAUAUUCUGGCCUUUUUGUAGGAUACUGUCCGUUUAUGAUGUAUUCAUGCUGGAAAAAGAGACAGGUGUGAAAUUAGCACUUGUGCAAACGUCUUUGUGAAUGAGGCCCUUAUUAUGAUAUCAGACUGAAGUUGGUCACGCUACAUAUUUUCUAUGUUAUUAAGACUUCCCUCCUCGUGUGUGUGUGUGUGUUUGUGUGUGUGUGUGUGUGUGUGGGGGGGGGGGGGGGGGGUCUAACCCCCUCUCCCCUGCUCUCUUCCUGCCCUCUCUACCUCUCCUCUCCACUGCUGCUUAAAAUUGCACUUAGCCUACUUUGCUUGUAAAUAUCCCUUGCUAUCUGUUGUUGUUUUUAAAUAUGUGAUUUUGUUUGUAUGUAUUGUGGUUGCUGCAAAAUGAAUGGCCUCAUUGAAAACAAUCUGAAUCCUCUCCUCCUCUAAGGGUUAUUGGGCCUUCUUCAUGGUGGAUGGUAAUGGGCUUUUCUCAGCCUUCUACAAAGCCCUGCAGCUCCUGGACUUCUACCUUGGCGUCCUCCUGUCAUUCAACCCUGUGUUUGGAGUGGACGUGAGUAAUUGGACACACCUCUACACUGACAUUGCAACACAACACAAGCCUAUAUGGUGGUGGCAUAUAUAGGAACGUUUGAUUAAGAAUCAAACUGUAGUUGACAUUACGCAUAGUGUUUUUUUGACUUGCCAGUUCAUAGUGUUUAAAAAAAACAUCCUGGCCAGGUCACAAAGUUAGGACAGUCCCUCAUAGCAUUCAGUCAUUUCCACAUGUAAAGCAGAGACCCUGUGAUUUAUUGCAAACUCUAAUGCUUGACCAGUGGAGGCUGCUGAGUGGAGGACGGCUCAUAAUAAUGGCUGGAAUGGAGCGAAUGGAAUGGCAUCAAACACAUGGAAACCAUGUGUUCAAUGUGUUUGUUACCAUUCCACUCAUUCUGCUCCGGCCAUUACCACGAGCCUGUCCUCCCCUAUUAAGCUGCCACCAGCCUCCUGUGGGCUUGACAUAUUGCUCUCUGAUGUUUUUCUGGCUUCAGUGGCCUGUGUUGUGUUCGUUAUUGACGUGCUGCUUAUUGUAUUAAUAUACUUUUAGUCUGGUUGAUGUCAUGUGCCUGUUUGUCUGAUACAGCUGUGUUGAUGCUUCUGUCUUGGUCCAGGUCUCUCUUGAAAAAUAUAUUUUUAUCUCAACGAGACUAAAGGUUCAAAUAAAAAUAUAUGGAAAUAAAUGUCACCAGUAUGUAUGUCCCACAUCGUCUCUCUGUGUGUCUGUUAAACAGUCCCUGUGCGUGAUGGUGGAGGUGGAGAAAACCAAGAACUACUGGGUCCUCCAGGCCACCGAAGGCAUUGGCAUGGCUAUCAUUGUCUUCAUGGUAGGUCCCUCUCACACACACUCUGAUGAACGCUGCUGUGUGCUUUGCAAGUGUUCAUUUUACAUGUACAUUUUGGUCAUUUAGCAGAUGCUCUUGUCUUACAGUCAUUGCAUUAAACUAAGGUUGGUUUAUAAAAAACAUGUCACAGCAAGUAAAACAUUUCUGUAACCGUUACUGAGAAUGUUGUUGUAGUUAAGGAUAUGUUAGUCUUCAAGGCAUUUUGUAUUUGUAACAAGAUACCCUUUGAUGUAUCUUUGCCCAAUUCUGGCAAGUGCCAAGUACUUUACUGUAUUAUUCACAGUAACUUACCACCAGCUUCCUGUAAAUUACUGUAAUAUCAGAGCAACGAUACAGUGCAAUAGUGUAACAUUUGCCUACUAUACUGUAAGAUAGUAAAUGCUACUGUAAUCAUAACAUUUUUAUUUUACAGUAUUUUACUGUAAUUACAUGGGAUUGGUGCAAGCAGGUUGGCUGUUAGGUAUUUGUAUAUUACAGUACAUUUAUUAAUAUGUUGUGUUUUAUAUCACUUGCACUUCUAGAGGCCUAAACAAAGGCUUCCAAACUGGCCAUGAUUACAGAGCAAAACAGACAAAAAGGACUUGGCAAAACACUCAACCAGUAAAGGUUUAAAGGUCCUGAACAGUCAUUCUGAAAAGUACUUUUUCUCUCUUGGCUAACUACCAGAAAGUUUGAAAAGACAGGCUGAGUGGGCGGGGAGCUUAUAUUCAUGAGCUUGCCUUGACUGACAGCACUUUCAAACGCCUAUGUCAAGCAACUUGGAUGCAGUGAGCAAUGUUGUAGUAAAAUUAUCUCAAGCUAAUUUGGUGAUACACAAAGCAACUCAAACAACAUUGCCUGUUUGGCAUUUCUCUUGUGAUACGGUUCACAGGAGCACUGACGGCUGUGUUGACUUGACAACUGUCAGAGUUUUGAACGACCCUUCCCCCCCUUUGGUUCCAUGCUGUCUGAAGACCUAUAAUAAUAAUAUGCCAUUUAGCAGACGCUUUUAUCCAAAGCGACUUACAGUCAUGCGUGCAUACAUUUUUGUGUAUGGGUGGUCCCGGGGAUCGAACCCACUACCUUGGCGUUACAAGCGCCGUGCUCUACCAGCUGAGCUACAGAGGACCACACUAGCUAGCUAGUAACUAGCUAACACAUAUGUAGCUAACACCAGACACAGAUGAAAGGGGAAACAUAUGUAUCUUUGCCAUAGAUGAAUAGUGUGAAGUUUUAAUUAUAUUAGCUUACAGUCACAUUUUGCCACCAUUAAAGUAGCUAUCUAGCUAUAUAAACUACAUCCCUCUGCAAAAACGCCUUCUCCGAUGUUGGUUACAAGGCGGUACUUAUUUAAAUUAGGUAAGAGAUUUUGGUGUAUUAAAAUGAGAGUUAAGGUGAUGUCACCUUGUCCCCUUAAUAAUUCAUCAAAGUGUUUGACAUGGGGGAGGGGACGAGUAACUUUAUGAUACAAUUUUAUCAAUGUAGAAGCAACAGUCAUUUUUCAUACUUUGGUCAUCAUACUUUGAUCUGGUUUCCUUCAAAUAUCUUCAAAUUUAAUGAGAAACAUGAUUUUGACUGUUCAUGACCUUUAAGACUUGCUGCCACUGAUCUGUCCAGAAUCAUGAUUCUCGAGUCAGUAAAAAGAGUCAGGAAUCGUUCUCUAACUGAACAUCACUAAUCAUCACAUCUAUGCGCUCUCCUCCUCUCACAUUUUCAACAGCUGUUUUUGUCCUGACAAAAAUAAUCUCUCCAAGCAAAACCUUCAUACCAUAACCGCUAACCAGUACACACUGCCUACAUCAUUGUCACCAUAUUAGCUAACUCCGUAGUCAACAUACAGUACCAGUCAAAAGUUUGGACACACCUACUCAUUCAAGGGUUUUUCUUUAUUUUUACUAUUUUUUACAUUGUAGAAUAUAUAUAAUAAUAUAUAUAUAUAUAGCAAUCUCUUUUUUAAGAAAUUAAUAUUGUCUUUCUCUGUCUUUGAGUCAACUACUCACCACAUGUUAUGCACUGCAGUGCUAGCUAGCUGUAGGUUAGGCUUUCAGCACUAGAUUUAUUCUCUGAUCCUAUGAUUAGAUGGACAACAUGUCAGUUCAUGCAGCAAGAGUUCUGAUAGGGUUGGAAGACGUUGUCAUAAUUACUGUGUAAGUCUAUAGAAGAGGGUGAGAACCAUGAGCCUCCUAGGUUUUGUAUUGAAGUCAGUGUACUCAGAGGAGGACGGAAAAUAGCAGUCCUCCGGCUACACCAUGGUGCUACCCAACAGAGUGCUGUUGAGGCUACUAUAUACCUUCAUUGCAAAACAGUGUGUUUUAAUCAGCUAUUUAGUGAUGUGAAUAUACACUGAGUGAACAAAACAUUAGGAACACCUGCUCUUUCCAUGGCAUAGACUGACCAGGUGAAUCCAGGUGAAGGCUGUGAUCCCUUAUUGAUGUCAGUUGAGACAUGGAUUGUUGUAUUUGUGCCAUUCAGAGGGUGAAUGGGCAAGACAAAAGAUUGAAUUGCCUUUGAACGGGGUAUGAUAAUAGGUGCCAGACGCACCGGUUUGAGUGUGUCAAGAACUGCGACGCUGCUGGGUUUUUCACACUCAACAGUUUCCCGUGUAUAUCAAGAAUUGUCCACCACCCAAAGGAUAUGCAGUCAACAUGGGCCAGCACCCCUGUGGAACGCUUUGGACACCUUGUAGAGUCCAUGCCCUGAUGAAUUGAGGCUGUUCUGAGGGCGAAAGGGGGUGCAACUCAAUAUUAGGAAGAUGUUCCAAAUGUUUUGUACACUCCAUGUAUUUAGUAUAGUUUUAUCUAUAAAGGAUAACUUUUUCAAUGUUUCACUAUUUACAUUUUACUGAAAUUCACUGAGUAGGAUGAUCCUCCCAUUCCUCCUCUGAGGACCCUCCACUGCUAUACAGAUCAUUCCUAUCUUCACUUGCUAUAACAAACAGCUGUUUAGGGGGCAGGGUAAUUAUGUCUGAGCUCACUGCAAAUUCAAUACUGGUCAGAUCCUUAUUCUCACUCUGAUCAAUGUCGUGUAAGUACUUGGUACCAUCAGGACCUACAUGUAUAUCAUCUCUCUUAUAACCGCCUCCUAACAAGUUUCUCAUAUCAAAGUCAGUUGGCCAGGUCAUGCUCUUAACCUUUUGGGCAUUUUAAACCUUUCAUAUUUAUAAUUUUAAAAGAUAAGGAUACAAAUGCUUUAAUUAGAACCAACAUUUUUUUUAAAGCUUCUAUGAAAAUCUAUAUAAAUCAGAAUUAAACAAUGUUGGAAUGAUCCUACAGCCUUCUUAGACUCAAUAACUCUGAAGCAACUAUCAGCAGACAAAAAAUUAUCACUAAAAAUAGAAAUCACCCAAAACUAAACAUUAGACACUCUUAAAACAUUUGCACGGAAAAAGGCACCAGGUAUGGACAGCUUUCCCAUAGAUUUUUAUUUGACAUUCUGGGACAAAGUAGCGGCCCAUUUACUCAAAAGACUACACACAUGUCACUCAAUUCAGUGCUUCUGAAUUCCAUGUAUCAAACUGUUAUUUAAGUUGAAUUAAAACCAGGGAAAUCUAGAGAAUACCCUGCAUAUUACAGACCCAUAUGUUUAAUAAAUUGCAACAAGAAAAUAAUAACAAAACUCAUAAGCAACAGAAUGGCAAAAGUCUUACCAGACUUGAUACAUAUUAAUCAAACAGGGUUUAUAAAAAUAGACACUUACAAACAAACACAAGAACAUGUUUCAGUAUAAUGCAAUUCGCUUAAAAACAAGAUGUAGAUUUAUCAAUAAUGGCUGUUGAUGCCAAAAACGCUUUCAACUGUCUUGAAUGGCCUUUUCUAAGAAGAAACGUUGGAAUCCUUCAAUUGUCCAGCUGAAAUAAUACGUUUUAUAAAAAAUAUUAUAUAUAUAUAUAUAUAUACUAAAGCAAAAAUAUACACAAAUAAUACAUUAUCUGAUGUAAUUGCUUUAGAAAGGGGCACGAGACAGGGAUGUCCUCUCUUCCCCUCCUGUUUGCACUGGAAAUUGAACCACAUGCCGAAAGAAUAACUCAUGAUCUACAGAAAUGCUAUAAGUGGACCACAAAAAAUCUUAAAUACUUAGGAUUCUUAAUAACUGACAACAAACAACAAAUAUAUAAAGAUAACUUGAUCCCAUUACUCAACAACAUGAAAACAGAUCUAAUUAAAUGAAACAAUCUUCCCAGAAAUCUUACAGGUACAAUAAACCUCUUUAGAAUGGCAUGGUUCCCAAAGUUUUUAUAUUUAUUUUCGGUAAUACCAAUUACCCCACUAAAGACAUUCUUUAACCUCUAUGGGAUCGGUUUCCCAUAUACGGGACGGUUGAGCUAACGUGCGCUAAUGUGAUUAACAUGACUUUUGUAAGUAACAACAAACUUUCCAGGACAUAGACAUGUCUUAUAUGGGCAGAACGCUUAAAUUAUUGUUAAUCUAACUGCACUGUCCAAUUUACAGUAGCUAUUACAGUGAAAAAAUUCCAUGCUAUUGUUUGAGGAGAGUGCACAACAGCAAAAAUAUUAUCACGGCAACUGGUUUGAUACGUUCACCUCUGAAGGCAAAUAAUGUACAAUUAUUCAGGAAUCUUGCUCUGAUUUGUAUCCUAAGGGUCCCAGAUAUAAAAUGUAGCAUAGUUUUGUUUAAUAAAAUCAAUUUUUAUAUUCAAAUGUAGGAACUGGGUUCUACAGUUUGAACCCCUGCUGUCUCUGGCUCCACACCCACCCCGCCCGGCCAUCUAGAUUUGUGAAUGUUAGUGUAAAAGCUAAUGAUCCAUCAUGUAUGACAUUCCUGGGAGUGUGUAAACUUACCAUAUCAUUUUUUGUAUGUUCUCUAUAGUUAUGUACUUCAAAAUUUAUCAAUUGACCAAUUCGGCACAUUUGGGCAGACUUGAUACAAAAUAGUCCAGUAUUGCAAUGCUUCACUGGAUCAAUCUGAAACUUUGCACACACACUGGUGCCAUCUAGUGGCCAACAUGUACAUUUCGCCUAAACUGCAAUAUUAUAUUGUGGCCUUUCUCUUGCAUUUCAAAGAUGAUGGAACCAUUUUUCUUUUUUGAAAACACUUGUUUUUUUGUUUGUAUUAUCUUUUACCAGAUAUGAUGUGUUAUAUUCUCCUACAUUAAUUUCACAUUUCCACAAACUUCAAACUGUGUCCCUUCAAAUGGUAUCAAUAAUAUGCAUAUCCUUGCUUCAGGUCCUGAGCUACAGGCAGUUAGAUUUGGGAUUUUUCAUUUUAGGUGAAAAUUGAAAAAAAGGGUCCGAUCCUUAAGAGGUUUUAAAAGUAUACUCAGCCAUAACAUACUUUAUAUGGGUAAAUAAAACUCAUAGAAUAAAAACGUUUUAGAAAUCCCUAAGUCUGACGGUGGUUUUAACCUUCCAGCAUUGGAAUUGUAUCAACUCGCCACCCAAGGCUUUUAUUUGCUAAAUAUUUUUUAAUGCACUAAAGAGGAACCAUGGUUACAUAUUGAAGAUAUGCAUGCUCAUCCCCAGAAUCUUUUCACGUGUUUGUUUUCAAAGGAUGGAGCUAAGAACAACUUCAUAGUUGAAAACACUGUAACAUUAUAGAAGAAAAUGAAACCGAUUCUACAAGAAUCAAUAGCGCUCCCAAAAAACAAACCCCUAUCGAACAAUCCUUGGACAGCUUUUCAGAAUUCACCAAUAAAUUGUCCCACAUGUUGUAUUACUAAAGGCAUAGAAACCGUAAAUUACUUGGUAGUAAUAGGAAAUAAAAUGAUUUCCAUGACAGAAUUAAAAACCCAUUUUGGACUGACCAAUGUAGACAGUUUCAAAUACAUGCAACUUAAAACUUUUAUAUUAUAAAAUGUCAAUCUGAAAUCUUUUGGACAUCAGAUCAAUGUUGAGGGAAUUCUAUUUCAGUCAGAAAGGUUACUCAUAUGAGGUAAGAUAUAUAAAACCUUGCAGAAAGCCUAUCCAACUGACAAUCUCAUAGAAAAAAAUAUAAACUAUUGGAAUCAAGACCUAAAAAUAACUAAUAUUGGCACAAGAUGGAGGGAGUGUUGUAACAUAACUGACUAAAUUACAGUUAACGAAAAUUAUAUGAGAAAAAAUUCACAAAUUCUACAGCACAACGGCAGAGUCAUGUCUUAAGUGUAAAACUAACAGUGACUCAAUGAUUCUUGCCUUCUGGGAUUGCUAUAAAGUCCAAAAGUUAUGGGCGGAGUACAUUUAUAUUUUAAAACUUCUGACAGCCAACUUUCUAGGCUGUCAGAAGUUUUAAAAUAUAAAUGUACUUUUAAUCUGUAUAUCUGCAUAUUUCAAGGCGUGGCAUAUGAGGGUGCGGUGAGAUACCCAAUAGGUUGGACCGUACUUUUCUCGUCAAUCAUUUUGAAAAAACUUUUGCUUAAAAACUGGGAAAUCAAAUGACCCUCCAUCGUUAAGACAGUUUAUGAAUCAAAUGCAUUAUUGAACUGGAGAUAUUCAAAGGAUGAGGAAGAAGAGAAAAUCAUAUUGUGAGACAGGCAGGAUCAGUUUGGAUACGGUGGAAACAUGUGGGUCUGAGCAAGUGUGAUGUCAUCAAUGUUUGUAGAAAUUAAUGUACUGUAUGUAAAUGUUAAGUUGUCUAUUGUUUUUGUCUAUAUAUGUUUUUGUAUUGUAAGAAAAAUUAUUUUUAAAAUGAGAUGGUAGCAGGUCUAUGUCUGCAGGUGCUUUCAGUAAGUCAACUUUAAGCUGAAUAUUUCUUAGUAUUCCAUCAUCCAGCACACCAAUAUUCUUCCAGACGGAAAAAACAUGUUUUGCUGUCCCCAUUAAAAGAUUAUGCAUAGGGUCCACUACAGCCAUGUCUAUGGGCAUGAAAUAUGGCAAUUUAUACUGAACAAAAAUAUAAACGCAACAUGUAAAGUGUUGGUCCCAUGUUUCAUGAACUAAAAUAAAAGAUCCCAGAAAUGUUCCAUACGAACAAAAAGCUUAUUUCUCUCUAAUGUUGUGCACAAAUUUGUUUACGUCCCUGUUAGUGAGCAUUUCUUCUUUGCCAAGAUAAUCCAUCCACCUGACAGGUGUGGCAUGUCAAGAAGCUGAUUAAACAGCAUGAUUAUAUCAUUACACAGGUGCACCUUGUGCUGGGGCCACUCUAAAGUGUGCAGUUUUGUCAUACAAAACAAUGCCACAGGUGUCUCAAGUUUUGAAGGACCGUGUUAUUGGCAUGCUGACUGCAUGAAUGUUAAUUUCUCUAUAAUAAGAUGCCUCCAACAUCAGUUUCGAGAAUUUGACAGUACGUCCAACCGGCCUCACAACCGCAGACCACGUGUAACCACGCCAGCCCAUGAACUCCACAUCCUGCUGAUUGGUUGGACCCAUGGCUGCGCCCCUGCCCAGUCAUGUGAAAUCCAUAAAUUAGGGCCUAAUUCAUUUAUUUCAAUUGACUGAUUUCCUUCUAUGAACUGUAACUCAGUAAAAUCUUUGAAAUUGUUGCAUGUUGCGUUUAUAUGUUUUUUCAGUGCAUUCGGAAAGAAUUCAGACCCUUCGCUAUGAGACUCGAAAUUGAGCUCGGGUGCAUCCUGUUUUUAUUGUACAUCCUUGAACAACUUUAUUGGAGUCCACCUGUGGUAAAUUCAAUUUUGAAAAGGCACACAUCUGUCAAUAUAAGGUCCCACAGUGCAUGUCAGAGUAAAAACCAAGCCAUGAGGUCAAAGGAAUUGUCUGUAGAGCUCAGAGACAGGAUUGUGUCGAGGCACAGAUCUGAGGAAGGGUACCAAAAAAUUUCUGCAGCAUUGAAGGUCCCCAAGAACACAGUGGCCUCCAUCAUUCUUAAAUGGAAGAAGUUUGAAACCACCAAGACUCUUCCUAGAGCUGGCCGCCUGGCCAAACUGACCAAUCAGGGAGAAGGGCAUUGGUCAGGGAGGUGACCAAGAACCUGAUGAUCACUCUGACAGAGCUCCAGAGUUCCUCUGUGGAGAUGUGAGAACCUUCCAGAAGGACAACCAUCUCUGCAGCACUCCACCAAUCAGGCCUUUAUGGUAGAGUGGCCAGACGGAAGUCACUCCUUAGUAAAAGGCACAUGACAGCCCGCUUGGAGUUUGCCAAAAGGCACCUAAAGGACUCUCAGACCAUGAGAAAUAAGAUUCUCUGGUCUGAUGAAACCUAAAUUGAACUAUUUGGCCUGAAUGCCAAGCGUCUCGUCUGGAGGAAACCUGGCACCAUCCCUACAGUGAAGCAUUUUGGUGGCAGCAUCAUGCUGUGGGGAUGUUUUUCAGUGGCAGGGACUGAGAGACAAGUCAGGAUCGAGGGAAAGAUGAACGGAGCAAAGUACAGAGAGAUCCUUGAUGAAAACCUGCUCCAGAGUACUCAGGACCUCAGACUGGGACGAAGGUUCACCUUCCAACAGGACAACAACCCUAAGCACACAGCCAAGACAACACAUGAGUGACUUCGGGACAAGUCCCUGAAUGUCCUUGAGUGGCCCAGCCAUCUCUGGAGAGACCUGAAAAUAUCUGUGCAGCGACGCUCCCCAUCCAACCUUACAGAGCUUGAGAGGAUUUGCAGAGAAGAAUGGGAGAAAGUCCCAAAAUACAGGUGUGCCAAGCUUACCCAAGAAGACUUGAGUCUGAAUACAUAUGUAAGUGUGACAUUCCGUUUUUAAUUUUUUAUACAUUUGCAAAUAAUUCUAAAAACCUGUUUUGCUUUGUCAUUAUGGGGUAUUGUGUGUAGAUUGAUGAGGGGAAAAAAACAAUUUAAUCAAUUUCAGAGUAAGGCUGUAACGUAACAAAAAAAUGAAAAAGUCAAGGGGUCUGAAUACUCUCCGAAUGCACUGUAAAUAGCUCAGAGAAACUGGCCCCAGUUUCAGUCUCUAUUGUUUUCCUCUCUGCCUUGUCCACAUAUUCCCUUGCAUUUUGUGAACCUCAUUCUGACGUUGCCGUACAUGGUUGUCCGUCCAGUGCAUGAUGUCGUAAUCUGCUUUUUCACCCCAUUUCCGUGGAACUGUCUGUAGGCAUUUGUUGCAACCUCUGUGAGCUUGACCUGGAUCUGUGUUGUUGAACAGAUAAAAAGAUGGUGGUGAAAUUCCAAGUAGGCUACAUAAGUUAAAGACAUUACACUAUAAAAAAAAACGUUUCUAAUAAAAGUAUCUAACAGAAUGACAUUGAAAAUCAACAGGGGCCUGAAAAGCCUGGCAAUAAAGUAGCCAACUUCAUAAAUAGUUAUGAUAUAUUAUCAAUGUACACUAGUUUUUAGUUGGAGAAUAGGCUAGACAAGAGUGGCGCAAUGGUCUAAGGCACUGCGUCGCAGUGCUAGCUGUGCCACUAGAGAUCCUGAUUCGAAUCCAGGCUCUGUCGUAGCCGGCCGCGACCGGGAGACCCAUGGGGCGGCGCACAAUUGGCCCAGCGUCGUCCAGGGUAGGGGAGGGAAUGGCCGGCAGGGAUGUAGCUCAGUUGGUAGAGCAUGGCGUUUGCAACGCCAGGGUUGUGGGUUCGAUUCCCACGGGGGGCCAGUAUAUAAAAAUAAAAUAAUGUAUGCACUCACUAACUGUAAGUCGCUCUGGAUAAGAGUUUCUGCUAAAUGACUAAAAUGUAAUGUAAGAUUACGAAUGCUUUUACAGAGGAGACACAAACAACUCUGUAAUAAUAAACACACAUGUACCAUGUUCAUCCUGACAAAGUAACUUCUGGGUCUAUUCUUGCUGCAAUGGCAAUUCCUCGGGAAAGGUGGCUGUGUCUUGUCGUUCAACUGUCCAUUGAUGAGUGAAUUUAUCAUAGAACUUAGCUUUGUGUUCAUAGCAUGCUGUCUUUCCCAAAAGUCUAUGGCAGUGGCCACACUCAUGGGCCAAGUCCUGGGUUUGAGAUCAUCUGCCUUGCGUUUUGACAUGAUAGACACUAAAUCCAUUCUUACAGCCAAUCAUCAAUAAAUAAGGCAGAGAUAUUCUAUGUGUAAUUACCCGACAAAGGCUUUGAGUGAAGUCUUGUGGAUCUGUGCCCCUAAAGUCAAAGAUGGUGGAUAAAUGAAGAUGUCUUACUCAGGCCGUUUACCAUUGAAAAAAUGGUCAAAGUUCCAGUUUACUUAAGGGGUGGCUCUCCCAUAACCACCUAUGUAAAUUAGUUAAUUGACCAAUAAGAAAGAGUUCCAAACCUUUCUGCCAAUAACAGCUAGUUUUCAGUGGUCCCCUCCCCACUCAGACCACUCCUAGACAGUCUUGCUUGAGAAAUUGCUAUUUGCUGAAAAGCUAUUUUUGUUUCUUUUUGACCAUUUUAAUUGAAAACAAUCACAGUAAGGUACAGUACCAGUCAAAAGUUUGGACACACCUACUCAUUCAAGGGUUUUCUUUAUUUUUACUAUUUUCUACAUUGUAGAAUAAUAGUGAAGACAUCAAAACUAUGAAAUAUAUUUUAUAUUUGAGAAUCUUCAAAGUAGUCUCCCUUUGCCUUGAUGACAGCUUUGCACGCUCUUGGCAUUCUCUCAUCCAGCUUCACCUGGAAUACUUUUCCAACAGUAUUGAAGGAGUUCCCACAUAUGCUGAGCACUUCUUGGCUGCUUUUCCUUCACUCUGCGGUCCAGCUCAUCCCAAACCAUCUCAAUUGGGUUGAGGUCGGUGAUUGUGGAGGCCAGGUCAGCACUCCAUCACUCUCCUUCUUGGUCAAAUAGCCCUUACACAGCCUGGAGGUGUGUUGGGUCAUUGUCCUGUUGAAAAACAAAUGAUACUCCACUAAGUGCAAACCAGAUGAGAUGGCGUAUCACUGCAGAAUGCUGUGGUAGCCAUGCUGGUUAAGUGUGCCUUGAAUUCUAAAUAAAUCACAGAUAGUGUCACCAGCAAAGCACCCCCACACCAUCACACCUCCUCCUCCAUGCUUCAUGGUGGGAACCACAUAUGCAGAGAUCAUCCAUUCACCUACUCUGCGUCUCACAAAGACACGGCGGUUGGAACCAAAAAUCUCAAAUUUGGACUCAUCAGACCAAAGGACAGAUUUCCACCAGUCUAAUGUCCAUUGCUCGUGUUUCUUGGCCCAAGCAAGUCGCUUCUUCUUAUUGGUGUCCUUUAGUAGUGGUUUCUUUGCAGCAAUUCGACCAUGAAGGCCUGAUUCACACAGUCUCCUCUGAACAGUUGAUGUUGAGAUGUGUCUGUUACUUGAACUCUGUAAAGCAUUUAUUUGGGCUGCAAUUUCUGAGGCUGGUAACUCUAAUUAACUGAUCCUGUGCAGCAGAGGUAACUCUGGGUCUUCCAUUCCUGUGGUGGUCCUCAUGAGAGCCAGUUUCAUCAUAGCGCUUGAUGUUUUUUUUUUUUUUCACCUUUAUUUAACCAGGUAAGCCAGUUGAGAACAAGUUCUCAUUUACAACUGCGACCUGGCCAAGAUAAAGCAAAGCAGUGUGAUAAAAACAACAACACAGAGUUACAUAUUGGGUAAACAAAACAUAAAGUAAAAAAUACAACAGAAAAUAUAUAUACAGUGUGUGCGAAUGUAGUAAGUUAUGGAGGUAAGGCAAUAAAUAGGCCAUAGUGCAAAAUAGUUACAAUUUCGUGUUAACACUGGAAUGAUAGAUGUGCAAAAGAUGAUGUGCAAAUAGAGAUACUGGGGUGCAAAUUAGCAAAAUAAAUAAUAUGGAGAUGAGGUAGUUGGGUGGGCUAAUUUCAGAAAGGCUGUGUACAGGUGCAGUGAUCGGUUUUUGCGACUGCACUUGAAGAAACUUUCAAUGUUCUUGAAAUGUUUCCGUAUUGACUGACCUUGUCUUAAAGUAAUGAUGGACUGUCGUUUCUCUUUGGUUAUUUGAGCUCUUCUUGCCAUAAUAUGGACCUGGUCUUUUACCAAAUAGGGCUAUCUUCUGUCUUGUCACAACACAACUGAUUGGCUCAAACGCAUUAAGAAGGAAAUAAAUUCCACAAAUUAACUUUUAAGAAAGCACACCAGUUAAUUGAAAUGCAUUCCAGGUGACUACCUCAUGAAGCUGGUUGAGAGAAUGCCAAGAGUGUGCAAAGCUGUCAUCAAGGCAAAGGGAGGCUACUUUGAAGAAUCUCAAAUAUAAAAUAUAUUUUGAUUUGUUUAACACUUUUUUGGUUACUACAUGAUUCCAUAUGUGUUAUUUCAUAGUUUUGAUGUCUUCACUAUUAUUCUACAAUGUAGAAAAUAGUAAGAAAUUAUGAAAGAUCCUUGAAUGAGUAGGUGUGUCCAAACUUUUGACUGGUACUGUACUUAAUAGUUACCCAGAAAUUAUUUGAUAUUGAGAUAAAAAUGGCUGCAUUGGACCUUUAACAGUUCUGAAAUGUGCAUUUUGAUGCUGCGUCUCCAGGUCAUCCACAUUUUGUGUAAGUUGGCGUACGGUGAUGCGUGGUGGUCAGCAGCGAUGGUGACUGACCAUGGGGACAGACGUCAGUCAGUGAGUCGCCAGCCUUCCUUCACCCUGUCAGAGUGGACAGACGCCCAGGAGGACCUGAUGGACCUGGAAGCUGAACCCCAGACACCUGUCUUUGACCUGGGCCUGGACACCAGGACAGAGGGGGACAUCACCACCCUCUCUGUUACACCUGUGGGCCUGCAGGAGAGGUCAGUGGGAGGAUGGAAGUGGGUGGAGAGGUGGUCUAGGGGGAAUGUCUGUGUGUGUAUGCGUUCAUGCCUUUUUCUUGUGUGUGUUGUUGUGCUUCUGUGUGUGCGUGCACAAUUACAAUACAACGUUCUUCUUGUAUAUGUCUGUACGUUUGUUCUUCUUGUAUGUGUUGGUGCCGUCCUGUGUGUGUGUGGGUGUGUACGUGUCUGUGUGUGUGUUAGGAGGGGCUCCAACGUGUCUCUGACCCUGGACAUGUGUUCUCCUGGCUGUACGGAGCCCUAUGGCUAUGGAGCCCAGCUCUCCCCCAGAGACCAGACUGCCAAGGAGUACCUGAGGGAGGGAACAAACACACUCACCCCUAGCCAGCUCCACACACGCGCUAUAGACAACCAGGCCCUACAGGCUGAGUUCUAUGUGAGUAACACACACACACACACACCAAGAAGCGCUGUACACCCAGAGGCUACCAUAAACAGUUGGUGGGUGAGAUGUGGACACAGUGAAAGACAUUAGCAUACCCAGCUCUAUAGAGGAUACAUUACACAUUUAGGCUGAGAUACACACACACUCACACACACACACACUCUCUCUCUCUCUCUCUCUCUCUCUCUCUCUCUCUCUCUCUCUCUCUCUCUCUCUCUCUCUCUCUCUCUCUCUCCCUCUCCCUCUCCCUCUAAGACCAAGGUACUGUAGGUCUACACACUCACAAUCGCACAAAACAGGUCUCCGUGCAGGAAUACUGUACACACUCACAUGCAUUCUCUAAGGUAGAGGGGACAAUAAAGUCAGUAAAGUAAAGUAGAGGUACACACUCACAAUUAGAGCACAAUAAAUCAAGGAGAGUUGAAAUCACAGAGUAAUUUUUGUUGUUGUUGUUGACUUGACUCUGCUGGAGUUAUCUUAACCCUCAACAGUGAUACGCUCCCUGGAGUUAGUGUUGACAACUGGAGUUGAUUGGGCCUGAGUACUUUUAACUCCAUUAAGAGUAACCAGAGACAGGGAGUUAAAACUAUGGAGUAUCCACAGAUGUGGGAAGGGCGUCAUUGUCAUAUUUCCCAGCAUGCUCUGUUGCAGGUAGGUUCUUAGAAUUGUUUGUUUUAAUUUCUCUGUUUUCGCAUGUUUGAUCUUAUGCUACACAAUAUGUAACAUACAUUUUCCUAAACUAAUCUAAUCUGUAAGUGGUUGGAUUUAUUGCAAUUUACUGAGAAGGAAUGUCACUAGUGUAGAGAGCAGUAGGCAGUCGCAGGUUUAGAACUACUGAAUUUAUUUAAGCACCAUAGAACAAAGCGGGGCGAAACCCAAACGCUGUUGUGCUCAAAAUAUAACUUAAUAAACAAAAAGGCACAGGGCAAACCCAAAGUGCAAAAUAAAAUACUCAGGAAAUAGUAGGAGAGAUUCCUCUCAGGAAAACAAGUAACAUUUACAAUGACUGACAAAUACAAAUGGCAGAGGGAGUAUAUAUACAGUGAUAGAGUGGGGAUUGGAACCAGUUGUGUGUAAUGAUGACAAGACAAGUCCGGGGUUGAUGAGUGAACGGCGUUUGCCAGCAGCAGGUUCGGCAGAAGCUAAAAGGCCGGCGACGCCGAACGCCUGAGCUGGACAGGAGGGGAAGCCAAAGCGAAGGCUGGUGUGACAAGGCAGUUCUAGUUUAUGUGAUCUAGGUAGUCUGUAACAAAAGGACUCUCUUCCCUGCUCUGACUUGCAGAGUCAUGGGUGAUGCAAAAUUGCAGGAUAUCCUCCCUCUUACAGUGCAUUCGGAAAGUAUUCAGACCCCUUCACUUUUUCCACAUCUUGUUACGUUACAGCCUUAUUCUAAAAUUGAUUAAAUUGCUUUUUUCUCUCAUCAAUCUACACACAAUACCCCAUAAUGACAAAGCAAAAACAGGUUUUUAGGCAUUUCUGCAAAUGUAUUAAAAUAAAAAAUUUAAAUAUCACAUUUACAUAAGUAUUCAGACACUUUACUCAGUACUUUGUAGAAUAAUAGUGAUUACAGCCUCAAGUCUUCUUGGGUAUGACGCUACAAGUUUGGCACACCUGUAUUUGGGGAGUUUCUCCGAUUCUUCUCUGCAGAUCCUCUCAAGCUCUGUCAGGUUGUAUGGGGAGCGUCGCUGCACAACUAUUUUCAGGUCUCUCCAGAGAUGUUCGAUGGGGUUCAAGUCGGCUCUGGUGGCCACCAAGGAAUCAGAGACUGUCCCGAGCCACUCGUUGUCUUGGCUGUGUGCUUAGGGUGUUGUCCGUUGGAAGGUGAACUUGCCCAGUCUGAGGUCCUGAGUGCUCUGGAGAAGGUUUCAUCAAGGUUCUCGUACUUGCUCGUCAUCAAUCAAUUUUUUAUAUACCUAUCAGCUAUAUCUCGAAGUGCUGUACAGAACCACCUAAACCAACAGCAUAAGCAGUGAGAAGCACGGUAGGAAACUCAGAAAGGCAAACUGAGAACCAGAGAGGAACAGGUAUGGGGGUGCCAGUCCUCUUUGGCGUGCGGUGGAAUUAUAAAUGACCUCUCCAAAUUUCAAAAUUCCAUAAGUGACAAAGACAUGGUUGCAAAUUAAUAAUCAAAUUAUAAAUUCAGUUGCUUUUCAUAGCCGAUCAUAAGUUUUUAAACGCAGGGUUUGGACAGGGAGGGGUUCCAUUCCUGCAGGCAAACCAGUUUAGGCUGGGGACAGCAGGAGUUCACGCUCCGACGUAUCAGGUUCUCUCUGGCUUUCACGAUCUUAAGGUUGAACAAGGUCGGGACAGGUAGGGGUUUCGAUCCUCAGUCUCCCGUCCCUGCCACUGAAAAACAUCCCCACAGCAUGAAUGCUGCACCACAUGCUUUCCAUCAUCCCGUAUUAUGGUUGACCAGGUUUCGCUCCAGACGUGGACACUUGCCAUCAGGUCCAAAUAAGUAAAAUCUUGGUUUUAAUAUAAAUCAAACCAGAGAAUCGUGUUUUCUCAUGUGUCUUGCGAGAUCCUUAAGGGUGCCGUUUUUGGCAAACUCCAAGUGGGAUUUCAGGUGGCCUUUUGCUGAGGAGUGGCCUUCCCGUCUGGGCCACUCUACCAGAAAAGGCCCUGAUUGGUUGGAGAAAAUGCAGAGAUGGUUGUCCUCUGGAAGGUUCUCCAAUCUCCACAGAGGAACUCUGGAGCUCUGUCAGAGUGACCAUCGGACUCUUGAUCACCUCCCUGACCAAGGCCCUUCUCCCCCGAUUGCUCAGUUUGGCCAGGCGGCCAGCUCUAGAAAGAGUCUUGGUGGUUCCAAACUUCUUCUGUUUAAGAAUGAUGGAGGCCACUGUGUUUUUGGGGACCUUCAAUGCUGCAGAAAUGAGUUGGUACCCUACCCCAGAUCUGUGCCUCGACACAAUCCUGUCGCGGAGCUCUACAAUUCCUUCGACCUCAUGGCUUGGUUUUUGCUCUGACAUGCGCUGUCAACUGUGGGACCUUAUAUAGACAGAUGUGUGCCUUUUCAAAUAAUGUCCAAUCAAUUGAAUUUACCACAGGUGGACUCCAAUCGAGUUGUAGAAACAUGUCAAGGAUGAUCAAUGGAAACAGGAUGCACCUGAGCUCAUUUUCAAGUCUCAUAGCAAAGGGUCUGAAUAUUUAUGUAAAUAAGGUAUAUCUGAUUUCUGGUAUUGUGUGUGGAUUGAUGAGGGGAAAAAUUAUUUAAUCCAUUUUAGAAUAAGGCUGUAACGUAACAAAAUGUGGAAUAAGCGAAGGGGUCUGAAUACUUUUCGAAUGCACUGUAAAUGGAUACCAGUAGAGAUUGGAUGUCACAUUGUAAGCCACCAUAAUAUGACACAUUAAGAAAUAUGUGAAUGAGACUCAUUCUACACCCUUACACCUCAAAUGGGACCAUUUAAACACCCAAAUAGUGUUGUGUUUGAGUCCAUAGGAGUUUAAUUAACUCUUGCGAUUAUAUUGUGAGUAAACAUUACUCUAAAUAAUUUACUCUAGAAUACUGAACAACAAUGCAGAGAGUUAUUUUCAAUUAAUACUGUACAGAGUGAAAUGCAGAGUUAAAUAUCAACACUAAACUGAUCAUAUAAAACUCUGGAAAAAAAAUGUUGCCAGAGUAUGUUUUACCUCUUUUUAGAGUGGGACCAAAUGUUAUCUGUGGCAGAGUUACAUUUUCUUCAAUUAGAGUGAAAUGUACUCUGUCAUUUGUGUAUAAACUAUUUGUGUAUAAACUAUUUGUUUACAAUACACACAAACAGAGACACUCACACAAUCAUGCACAUUGCACACACAAUUCAGCAGGGCUAUCACUUCCUCUACACAGCCAUACAUUGCUAAGCUACAUCCAUUAUUCUGUUGCCAUUGACAGGAAACUCCCAUGAACUUUGUGGACCCAAAGGAGUAUAACUACCCAGGCCUGGUGAGAAAGAACCGCUACAAGACCAUCCUCCCCAGUGAGUAGAGACACUACAAACAGCAGCCAUUUUGAAUCAGUCUCUGUUAUGUCGAGUAGAGGUGAGAGACAACACUAGACACACUUCUUGUAAUGGGAUCCUGUGUUUUCCAGACACACACAGCAGAGUGAUACUCCAGACAGCAGAUGAAGAUGACUUCCUCAGUACCUACAUCAACGCUAACUACCUACAGGUACGUCUUUGUCUGCAAAAGGCUUGGCCCUGUGUACAAGUGCUCUCACUUGAACUACUGUGUUGCUGUCCUCAGGGUUACGGGGGUGAGGAGCGGGCGUACAUCGCUACCCAGGGUCCUACAGUGAACACAGUGGGAGACUUCUGGAGGAUGGUGUGGCAGGAACGCUGUCCUAUCAUCGUCAUGAUCACUAACCUAGAGGAGAAGAACGAGGUAAGGAGGGAGACAGGGAGAGAGGGAUGGAUAGAGGAGGAUGGUGUGGUAGAAGCCCACCCUUAACAGUAAAUGUCCAAUGUGAACCCUGGCUACAAUAUUUAAUAAUAUUUAUAAUAAUAAUUAACCCUGGCUAUGUGUUGUCCCUUACAGAAAUGUGCGGAGUACUGGCCUGAGGACUCUGUGACCCACGAGGGCAUCGAGAUCACGGUUGUCACGGUAACACAGGAGGACGACUACAGCCUGAGGGUCUUCACUCUGAAGGUGAGACUGAUAACAGACAGACACAUACAGUAUAUAUCUAUACACCAAUGCCAAGGACACCAAGGACAUGUAUAAUGAUAUAAAUUAUAAAGUGAAAAUGAGAAAAAGCAGUUGAUGUUUUUACAUUGACCCUUUUGGAUUAUGGACUCACUUCUCAUCCACUAAGCACUGGUGUCUGAAUGUAGAGAGAUAGAAAAGCUGCCACAAGUACAGCUGUUGGCUAAUAAUAUGCUUUUGAAAUCACACAAUGAAAAACAGAUCAUGUACCUUUUUGAAAUAAAAAAUGAAAAAAGUCACUGCGUUCCUCUCGCAGUCUGGUUCUGCAGUCAUUGUUGUCAUAGCAACUAACACCUAGGGAACAGUUUGGAUGUACAUGCAGAGGAUGAGGCUGAUCAAAAAUAACUCUGAAUGAGUCUGUCUCUGUUUGUCUGUGUGUGUGUGUGUGUGUCUGUGUCUGUGUCUGUGUGUGUGUGUGUGUGUGUGUGUGUGUGUGUGUGUGUGUGUGUGUGUGUGUGUGUGUGUGUGUGUGUGUGUGUGUGUGUGUGUGUGUGUGUGUGUGUGUGUGUGUGUGUGUAUGUGUGUGCGCAUGCAUAUGUGUGUGUGCGCAUGCAUAUGUGUGUGUCAGUUUGAUGGAGAGGAGCGCAGCCUCAGGCAGUACUGGUACACCUCCUGGCCUGACCAGAAGACCCCGGACAAAGCCCCGCCCCUCCUGGAGCUGGUAGAGGAAGUGGAGCAUGUCAGAGAGGAAGCUCCGCCCACCAGCGGCCCUGUCAUUGUCCACUGCAGGUAGAGUUGGAAACACAGAUAUGAUACCCACAUGAUAGUCCAGGAGGGUUGGUCUGUCCCAUAGAGGUAGAAAUAGGGCUCUAGAUGGAUAUUUCCCAUUCUAGCAUGGACAUUGCCAUUGAGGGAUUCCACCAUUUUAAAGUAGUCAACUGGGUGGGGAUUCCUAUGGGUUGGGAGCGAUCAGCCAAUGAUCAGAACAUUGUCUUCUUCUUCAAAUAGUGUUGCCUAUGGUUUGUAAAUGAUUUAAUGCUAUAUCCGCCAUCUAGUUGCCACAACAAAUGAAAGACACACAAGAUUUGGUUCAGAACUCUACCACUGCAGGUGGCUGUAAAUCACCAAUAUUAGCUUUACGCUUUUUUAAACACAAGAGAAGAAGAACAUUUACUACUUUAAAAUGGCUAUAGCCACAAUGUCUCUGCCCGUGCUGUCACAGACGCCAUAAUGGCAAAAAUACAAAGAUGAGUCCUCUUUCUAUCUCUGGUCGGUACCAUCAAUGGGGCGGUUGUCUCAGUGGAUUCUUUGGAAGGUGUAUGCCCCCAAAGAUGGAAGACGUGUGGCAGCACUGCAGCUCUCAUAGCUUUCCACUGCAUUAGUAGUCAGUCAGGUCAGAAAUGCUCUAAAACCGUGGUUGGUCACGUCUAAUACAUUCAUGGUUCCUCCUCCUCUUCCUUCCUGCAGUGCUGGGAUAGGUCGGACAGGCUGUUUCAUCGCCACCUCCAUCCUGUGUAAACAGCUGAGGAGUGAGGGCGUGGUCGACAUCCUGAGGACCACCUGCCAGCUCCGCCUCGACAGGUGAGUCAACGGUCUGUCUUGGGCUCGCUAUCUUUACACCUGUCUGUCUUCUUCUUUUUUCUUGACACCGGUCUGUCUUUCUCUCCUGUCUGUCCCCUGCCUGUGUAUGUUGUGUGUGUGUUGUGUGUGUGUUGUGUGUGUGUGUUGCAGAGGCGGGAUGAUCCAGACGGGUGAGCAGUACCAGUUUGUUCACCAUGUCCUCAGCCUCUACGAGAAGCAGCUGUCCCACAUUGUAGAGGAGUAGAGACACACCACUGUACUGUACACUGUACCUACUGUACCGGACACCCAUCUCAAUGUCACCCUUUAACACACACAACCACAAAAACUACACGGACAACAACAACACACUAUGUCAGCCUCAUCCAGCCCCCUUCCAUUUCAGAGGCCCACGUACGAGAAGCCCAGUCUUGACUUAAGUUCCUUAAUUCUGCCAGAAUUUGACUGAUUUGCUUUGCGGACGAUGCUCUAAAAGUAACAAUGAUUACAUUUCUGUCUGGCCCCACUUUCUAACGCAAACAUUUGUUUUCACACUUGGCAGAGGUCUGUCCAGUAGGAUAUCUUAUAAGACAUGUCCCAUCAAGUGCCAUUUUGAAUUAUUCACAGACUUCUCCAGAUAAGAAAAAGUCCAGCCGAUAUUACAAGUGUUGUAAAACAAUCUCACAGUGAGGGAACACAUGUUCGUCUGAAACGUAAACCAUCAACUAGCUUUUCUCUCCUAUUACAACAAAACUAUCUCCUACGAGCAAAAGAUGUUGAAAAGACGUAUUUUCAAAGUCUUGUGCUCACUGGGCCUCUUAAAAUAAAAACAGUACAGCAGGCCUUUCAAACUCCUGGUGCUUUCAGGAGCCACCUCAUCUUCAGGUUGCAUGGUGCUAUGUGUUCAUUAUCAUUGACUGUGGCAUGUAACAUAGAUCUCUAUGGAACCAUAGAGGAAUGUAACCAUUAGGUAACUAGGCAUUGUGUGCAGUCUCCGCAGUAUUACAGGACCAUGCGUAUGUGUAGUCAGUCAGUCAUCAUCAUGACCUCCAUGGUAUUCAACAUCCAUUAUGGCCUCAUAGACUUUCACCAGAGUUGUCAUGUGACCACUGAGACUGAGGGGGCGUGUGCAUGUCUCAACUUCUGGGUUCAUACAGUGAGAAGUAAUGACUGUCACAUUAAGUAGCAUGGGAAUCCAGAGAUAGAGGUGCAGAUUUACUAGCAAAACAUGGACCUGUUACUUUUUUGCGGGAGUAAAAUAGCCUGGGUGCCAGUCUGUUUCUGCUCGCUUGCCAACUCCUUAUGGAAUUGUCAUGUUUUGUCAAUUACAAUGUAGUCUGCAAAAGCACAAACAGAUCUGGGACCAGGCUCGAAGAAAAACAUAAAAGAGCAAAAGCGUACAAAUGUAAAGGUUGCAAGAAGAAACAAAACCUCCAACUGGAGUUUGAUGGUUUAGCUUUCCUUUUUACUAUAUUAUUCACCUCUAACAAAGGAUGCAGGUGUUAAUGAUGGGUAAACCUGACCCUCCUAACCCUUCCCAUCAGUGCCCUCUCAGUGCUGUUGGGAUGGUGACACCUCUGCGAUCAACAGUAGCCUGAACACAUGCGUGACGUUAGCGGCCCAUGAUUGUUGUAUAGAUAGGCCAAGCCUAAUCCGUAUAAAGCACAAUAGACCAACUAUGGUUGUCUCUCUGAUGUUCAGCUGUAAAUGUUAUUUUCUGUAUCGUGUUUUGACUGUGUUGACUUAAAUGGAUUGCAUGUGCUGUAUGGGACUCUCAUAUGUCCGUAAUCAAAGCGAAGUGAUUGGUUGUCCAGCUUUCCGUUGUGUAAGGGUUCUCCAAUUAUCUUGCUUGCUCUCUGCCAAUGCUUUUGAUACAGUUUGCUUUUGUGAAACCAACCAGAGAUAUUUUUAGAACAUUUUGAUACAAUCCUUUCGAGUAGAUGCCUUGUGUAUAUUUCCAUUUACACCACAAUGGAAUGUAGCUCAUACUGUGGUCAAACCAUUGGUUUAUAUCGCAAGAUUUGACAGAAAAAAAUGUGACAACUACCCAAGUUACCUUACAACAAAAACCAUUGAUUGUUUCGUCUUCAGUAUUACUUUGAUGCCUCUAGGCUUUGCUUUAAUAUGCUUUGCUUUAUGCGUCUUCAGGUUUUUGUCUUGUUUUCUUCUAGAGUUUUACCCCAGACCCAGUUUUUACACAGUCCUCACAUAUUCCCCAUCUGUGGUUCAAAUCGAAUUCAAUCACAUGCAAUGGAAAACGACACUGUGGGUUCACUCUAAAUGUUUACGCCAAUGCCAAUGUCCAUGACGAACAGCUUGCAGCCAGGAUUUAAAUGUGGUUAACACCUCCGAUACUUAACAUUGACCUACAGUGUGGUUUCCCUUGGUGUGUAAUUGAUUGCAUUGGGGCCUGUGACUCAAGGCCAGACCGACUUCACAACAACAUGAGAAAUAUGAGCUAUGUGUAUGGCAGCUAAAACAGCGAUUAAGAAUUGUAUGUAAGAAAUCUCUAACAAUUUUCAUCUUGAUUGAAUACAACUGGUCAAUUACAGCAAACACCACCAGGAGACAAUCUCAUUGUUUUUGGUUUAAUGGACAUCUCACAAAGUAAAAAAUGAGCACUAGUAUUUUAUCCUCUGAUUGAAACUGCUAUAAAAUGUUGAGUUUUGCAGAUGGAAAAGAGCUGAAGUGGAACCACUAGAAACUUGGAGAAGUUGGAAUUCAACUAUGAAAUCCUUUCCCUAUAACGCUCGUUGCAAUUGAUACAACAGCUUUAUUUUGAGUGCUUGUUUUCUGUGCUACCGGGUCUCAUUCUGGUGAUCAUAGUGAAGAAGAACAUAAUUGGAAUAGCCAACUCAGUGAGCAAAAUUGGUUGAAAAGACUUUGAAUAUGUAUUUUUGGUUGAAAAGAUGU